AGGAACCCGGAAGCGGGCGGUGCGGGGCUCGGAGCCGUUUCCUGCCCGGGAGACAGCGGCUAGCUCGGGUGCAAUCCGUCGAAGCGGUCCGGAUCCGCAGCCAUGACUCACCAGACCGGCAUCCACGCCACUACGGAAUUAAAGGAUUUUUUUGCCAAGGCCCGGAGUGGUUCAAUCCGCCUCAUCAAAAUUGUCAUUGAAGAUGAGCAGUUGGUGCUUGGAGCCUACAAAGAGCUCUCUCGCCGUUGGGACAAGGAUUACGACUCCUUUGUGCUGCCGCUGCUGGAAGAACUGCAGCCCUGUUACAUUCUGUACCGCCUGGACACCCAGAACGCACAGGGCUAUGAGUGGCUUUUUAUCUCCUGGUCACCUGACAACUCCCCUGUUAGGCUGAAGAUGCUGUACGCAGCAACUAGAGCAACAGUGAAGAAAGAAUUUGGAGGAGGACAUGUAAAGGAUGAGCUCUUUGGAACAGUGAAGGAAGACAUCUCGCUCAGCGGCUACCAGAAGCACGUAUCGUCCUGCUCGGCCCCCGCUCCUCUGACGGCUGCAGAACAAGAGCUUCAGCAGAUCCGCAUCAAUGAGGUCAAGACCGAAAUCAGCGUAGAGAGCAAACACCAGACACUGCAGGGGCUGGCGUUUCCUUUGCAGCCAGAAGCACAGCAGGCCAUCCAGUUACUAAAGCAGAAGCAAAUCAAUUACAUCCAGCUGAAGCUGGAUCUGGAGCGGGAGACCAUAAACUUGGUGCACACACGUGCCACUGAGAUAGCAGACCUGCCUAGGAGGGUUCCCCAGGAUUCUGCACGCUAUCACUUCUUCCUGUAUAAGCACUCCCAUGAGGGAGAUUACCUCGAGUCCGUUGUGUUUAUUUACUCCAUGCCUGGCUACAAGUGUAGCAUCAAGGAGCGCAUGCUGUACUCCAGCUGCAAAAGCCGGCUGCUUGAUUCUGUGGAGCAAGAUUUCUGCCUAGAGAUUGCAAAGAAGAUUGAAAUUGAUGACGGAGCAGAGCUGACCGCAGAGUUCCUGUAUGACGAGGUCCACCCCAAGCAGCAUGCCUUCAAGCAGGCCUUUCCCAAGCCCAAGGGGCCCGUGGGGAAAAGAGGACAGAAGCGACUUAUCAAAGGACCAGGCGAAAAUGGCGAUGACAGCUAAACCCCAGUGGGCAGGAGGACAGGUCAGCAACGGAGCUGCACACAUCUGCCAGCCUCCAGAACUGCAGCUCCCGACCAAUCUGCCUCUCUGCAUCUGACCCUGUCCACUGCGCUCCAGGGCCUUUCCUCCGCUGCUUCUGUCCAAGUCAUGUCCACCUGGUUUCAUUAGGGGAAGGGGGGUGGGGAGCGAAUCCGGGGGUGGAGAAGGAGAGAGGGAGCAAGGGGCGUGGUUUGCUCUUCCCCUGUGCACUGUUGUUGUGUAAAUCCUGGGAGGGGAAGGGGGAAAGCCCUCACUGUUCUAGUCCGGAAUAGCCUCUAAAACGGAUGGAUGUUCCUGCUACUGAUUCAUGUUGUCACCUGGUUUACUCGGAACCUGCACCGCCCAAAGAAUUGUGUUCAUUGCUUGCCCACGGGAGCUGCUGACAUGCGAAGGGCAGACUCCCCUCGCCCCAGCCCUGCACAGCAGGAACCCCAAGUGCCCUUCUCUCUCUAGGGUGUGCUUGCUGCCCUGUUACAAUAUCUAUAUGUUGGAAUGUCCAUACCAUUAAUGCCAUUCCCUCACCAACGUGGCUUGCUUGCCCAGGACUUGACCCAGUACUCAUUUGAGGCUUACGGUUAUGUGCUAGGGAUUAACAUUGCAGCAGGGUCUCUCCUCCUCUCUCCCCUUUUGUUUAGCUUAAGCCCCUGGAUUUCAGGGGGGAAGUGCCAGGGGUUAGUGGGGUUUUCUCAGAAGGCAGAGUUGUGUGAUUUGGAUGAAGAAAAGCUGCUUGCUAAAGAGGAGGCAGGGCCGAGAGCGGCUCUCAUUUCAUCAACGAGUUUCAUCCCGUUCCAGGCCUCACCAUGUAGCCUUGCUUCUGGCAAAAGAGUUAAUUUCCAUCGUAAAUCUAUAGGAAGGCAGGCCUGGAUUUCUAAACGGAGUUGUGUCACUAUCUCCUCUGGCUUUUAUAGAGCUGUGCAUUGGAGGCUGCUUGGCUAAUUAUAGUGUCCCGCUCUCCCCUUCCCCCGGCUUGCUUUAAUGGCUCACUGCCUAAUAUUACAGCCACAUGAAAAGGGAAGACAAGGGCAGUUAGAGACUGGGAAGGAUAAUCCCUGGGCCAGUUCCUUUUGGUGGCAGUUCAGCUUACCAAGUUCGAAGCUGUGGGAGCUUCCGUAUCACCUGCACAUGCACCUCCGGGAUGCUUUGCCUCACCAGCAUCUGCACUCUGCAUUAGCUUCCAAUCUAACGCAGCACUGACUUACUGAGAACUUGCGCUGACUUGCUGAGAUAGUGAGGUUCAUUCCUGGGCUGCGGUUUCUCAAGUUUGACGGUUCCAUAUGGGGCAUCCAGUGGGGCGGCGCUGUCAAGUCAUUCAGAGUCAUUGUGGGGCCAGCGAUAAGUUGGCUCACCCAGUACACCAGCAGCUCGGCCCUUUUUCAUAUUCCACUGCUGCACUGAGCUGCACUGCGCUGCACUGCACCGCACCGCACCGCACUGCACACAGCUGCAGACACCACACAAAAGUAUGUGGCUCCUGAAUGACAUAACAGAGCUUUGCCCAGCCGAGGGAACACUGGUAUUUUUACAGGCCACUGAACACUGAUGGGGUUGUAUUUUUCAUGGAAUGCACUUUGCCCCACAGGCUCGUUCAUUCGUUCGUUCCCUGCGAUACAUGUGGUUUGCCAAGAGUGAUUGUUGUAGAUCCCUGUAAACCAGGUAGAAGGAAGGGACAGCUGGUGGCGCGAGAAUGGUACCCAUGUGAUUAGAGCAGAUUGCGAUGGAAGGGCAGCAGAUUUGCUGGGCCACUUGGAAAGGCCUUGCCGAUCUCUUCCGAAGGCAAAAGAUGAGGAACUGGCCCAGCCCACAAAAGGCUGGAGCCACAAAUGUGACCCAGACGGAGGACUUCUGAAAACCAUUGUAGUAGAUGUGUUCAUUCCAUGGGCGUCAUUGAAUUUGAUGUGCAUGAUUAAAAUUCUCCUUCUGACUCCUGGGGAGCUUCUUAGCGGUCUGUUCUGUAUGUCAUGCAAAAAGCAGACAAAUAUCCUACCCUGAACCUAUAAGCCUUCUUGUACCGAGCCAGUUGCGUGGUUUUAACUGAUGAGUUUGACUUUUGAUGCCUUCCCUGACCCAAUGCCUUUUUCAAGAAAUAAUGUCAGAGGACUCUUUUGAAGUCUGCAGAAAAGCCAGAUAAUUGAAGCAGCAAAGAAAGAACCUUGCAACAGUUGUAAAGGAAAGCGCCUGGAUUUGCUCUAGCUUGCUUAUUCCCAGGAUGGAAGCAGCUGGGACAUGGUCUGCAAUUCAAGAAAGGAAGGACAGGUUUCUCCAAGUUCAAGGCACGAGCACAAUUCGAAGUAUCUUUUUUAUGGUUGUUUAAAGUUAAGCCACCAUUAUAGAGAAGAAACCUAGAUACUAGCUCUCCUUCCAUUUUCUUUUGAGAUUGUGCUUACAAUUUUUUUCCCAUCUUGAAAGGUUUAUUGGGAGGAUUUAGAACAGUUCCUUUUCUUUCUGAGACUGAAAACUUUUUCUGCAAUGCUUUAAAAAUGGGCAUCUUGCUUCCAUUAUGGAGCAGUAAGGAAAUAUUGAUUAGGUUCCAGAUUUGGCCCUAGCUCAACAUAACCUGCUCAGCCAGUAGGAUACAGGUUCAAACAGGCAUAAUAAAAUGUUCUGCAAUUUGAUGUUUAUUUCCUGUGACCAAACCCCAAGAUAUCAAGCCACAUACAGAGUCUGUAAUAGUGGAAUGGCACUUUUCCACGGAACAGUUAGUGUCUGGAUUUGGGCCACUCACCCACUUGUCUGUCUCACGAUUUCAAGCACCCCUCCCCUCCCCUCCCCUCCAGCGCAUGUUCAUUCAGCUCCAUUUUUCUUGACAGCUUUACAGUCUUUGAAUUAUUUGGUUCAUCCAUCUCCCCUCCCUUUUUUUCCCUGCCUCCUGAUAAAUUUGAGGCAAGAAGUCUGUGGUGAGGGGAAGAAAUUCUGCUUGUAUCGCAUGUUUCAUGUGCAGGUUGUGUUGCCAUCCUUCGUGGGCUAUCUUGCUGCCACUGUGAGACACACCAAGUCAGCAAAAGGGGGUACUUUGGGGUGGGUGUUACCUGUAUUUUAUUUUGAGUCAAUACAGACUGGUGCCUCUGUCAUUCCAUUCCCUCAAGUCUGCCUGAGCUUCAGAACUUACAUUAUAGAAAAAGAACACCAGAGGAGUUUAGCCAUUCUGAAGCUGUUUGACCGGCCCUGCCAAAGACACAGCGUAUUAAAGUUCAUCUGGAAUGACCACUAUUCAUACGUUCUCUGACUUUGUUAUCAGAAAGGUUUCCCUCUUAUGAAUGAGCUCAUGGAUAACCUCAUUCAUAGGCAUUUGGCAGACAGAGUAACCAAGCCACAGCAGUGUUUCUGCCUUAUUACUGUAUUUGGAUGCCAGCAAAUUGGUCUCAAUCUUUUUCUUUAUUAUAUGAAUGCAGAAUAUUUCCAUGUAAUGCAGAUGGUACCUCAAAUGCAUGAUCAGUGGUAAUUUAGGGAUCUAUCAGAACUUCCAUGAAGGAAGGAGGGGAUCCGUAGCCUGCAUCUCAAGACCUCCCUUCUUGUCUCAUCCUCUCUGUUCAGUAACCAAACACUAAUGGGCACAUCUCAGGUUAGAGCUGCUAUUUCUCUGACAGCCAACCUCCUCUCCCUGAGGCGCAAAUUGCCCUUGCAAGUAAUAAUUUAGAGAAAUCCUUUUUUCAUAGAUCAACCAGGUUUCAGAGGUGUCUAGAAGGCCUUUAAAAUGUAGCCAUACAGGAUGAGUAUCACCAUUAUGUUAAAGCUACUUAAAAAUCAAUUCUUCCCACUCCUGCCUUCCCCAGUACCCAUUCAGGCUGCACAACAGAAAAUUCUUUAGCUUUUCUGUGGAAAACACAAUUUGUCAAGGACUAAAAAUAUUCACAAAACAGAGAGGAAUACAUGGAAAAGCCUGCAUGUCCCAAUGGGCAUCUCCAUUGCUGCCUGUGGAAAUCACUCCCAAUUCUAAAACAUUCCCAGCAUGUAUUAGCCUGGAUCAGAACUGAUGACUAUUUGGCCAACUAACACCACUAUUUUCCCAUCAAGGAGCCAACUACUAGCAAGAAGACUUUGCCUAUUGUUUUAGAUUAACAUAUGAAUAAAUAACAUAUUAAUAUCAAAGCUGCUGAAAGGCAAAGUUAUUGCUGGAAGAUCAGUCCUACACUUUUCUGGUGCUUAUUUCAGUCUAGAAGAUUUGUUGGUUUCCUGCAGAGGACUAGACAACUUCAUAGCCAUCCCAAAGUGGCCUUGUGAGACCAUAUUGUUACAGUAUAGAACUGCAGAGCAGCUGUGGAUUCUGGUGCACACUCCGUGGAAGGACAGCUCAGAAUAGGUUUUGCACAAAAAGAUACGUAGCAGGUUGCUGAUUCUUAGCUGUUGUGUCAGAAAGACAGGACAAGAUUGGACAAAUAUAUCACUUUUUCACAUCCGUUAAUGAGUUUAACCUGACACAGUCACGAACAAGCCAGGAAUUACCAUGUCCUUAUUCGCAUUAACAGUGUCGCAAAUCUUACAUGAGUGCUAGGUUCGGAGAGACUGGGAGAUGCACAUUCCUGAUUGGGCUGGAUGAUGAUGAUGAUGAUGUGGAUUUGGAAAUUAGGGGGAGGCAGGGCACACUGUACUGAAUGCUGUAUUUUCUAAAAAAUAAAAUAAAGUAUUUUUAAAGCAA